UUCAGUGUCUAUAUAACACAUUUCAUUUGAUCACAAACACACAGUAACACACACACACAGAUGGAUGCAGUGCCUAUAACUGAUCAGAAGAAACCACAUGUCGUGUUCAUACCAUUUCCAGCACAAAGCCAUAUUAAGUGUAUGCUAAAGCUAGCCAGGCUCCUGCACCACAAGGGUCUUCACAUAACCUUUAUCAACACCGAGUCGAACCACAGGCGCCUUUUCAAGCACGGUGGGUCUCAUGGGCUCGAUGGGAUUCCUGGAUUUGAAUUCAAAACGGUUCCAGACGGUCUCCCUUCAAAUUCAGAUGAUGAAACUGAUCAACCAACUCAAACCCCUGAGGAAGUUAGUUUGUAUCUCUUAUCACAUUUCUUGGAUUCCUUUCUUGAUCUUGUGGCAGGACUUGAAGUUCCGCCUAGUUGUAUAAUUUGUGAUGGUUUCAUGACUUUUGCCAACACCAUUUAUGCUGCUGAGAAGCUUAAGAUCCCCAUUGUUCUUUACUGGACCAUGGCUGCUUGUGGAUUCAUGGCGUAUUACCUCGCGAAAGUUCUAUUUGACAAAGGACUUGUCCCGCUUAAAGAUGAAAGUUACUUGACAAACGGGUACACCGAUACACUGAUAGAAAUUCCAGGAAUGGAACAAGUUCGUUUAAAGGAUCUACCCGAACAUAUCUUAGCGACAAAGCCCGAUGAUCCACCGUUACAUUGGAUUGUGGAAUCAGCACGAAAGGCUGAUAAAGUUUCCCACAUGAUCAUCCAUACUUUUGAUGAACUAGAAGCUCCUCUCAUCAAAGAGAUUAAAUCCAUAUUUCCUCACACGUUCACGGUUGGCCCUCAACAAUUACUUCUGAAUCACAUAUCUGAAAAAGAAGCCAAGAAGUCGAAUUUCAAUGGCCAUAGUUUAUGGAAGGAAGAACCCGAGUGUGUUCAGUGGCUCGAGUCUAAGGAACCGGACUCAGUGGUGUAUGUCAACUUUGGAAGUCUAGCAGUAAUGUCUAUACAAGAUCUGAUAGAAUUUGGUUGGGGACUUGUUAACAGCAACCAUUAUUUUCUUUGGAUCAUACGGGCCGAUUUGGUUGAUGGGAAGCCUGUGGUUUUGCCUCAAGAACUCAAGGAUGUGAUUAACAAGAGAGGCUUUAUUGCAAGCUGGUGUUCACAAGAAGAGGUGUUGAACCACCCUUCGGUUGGUGGGUUCUUAACUCAUGGUGGGUGGGGUUCGGUGAUUGAAAGCUUGUCGGCUGGGGUGCCGAUGGUAUGUCGGCCAUUUUCUCAUGAUCAAAAGGUUAAUUGUAGACAAAUGUGCCAAGAAUGGGAGGUUGGCAUGGAGAUUGAGGGUGAUGUGAAGAGGGAUGAAGUUGAAAAGCUUGUAAGGGCACUAAUGGCGGGAUUAGAGGGUAAGCGAAUGAGAAAGAAGGCUAUGGAGUGGAAGAAAACUGCAGAAAUCGCAACAGACUCCAAUGGAUCUUCGUCUUUGAAUGUCGAAAAACUUGUUAAAGAAAUCACCAUAUGGUCAAGAAACUAGAUUCUGAUUUUGCUUGGUUUGUUUCCUUCAUUUCCCUUGGCAGACAUUAGCGUAAUCUUGAAAAAUUUCUAUUAACAAUUAGUUUCUUUGUAAACUUUUUGGCUUUUAUUCUGCUUUAAAAUCUCCACAUGUUCUGUUAGAUUAUCCAAAAGUAAAACCAUAUUUAUAAAAAAGGCUCCUCAUGCCAUUUUGAGA